GGUGUCCUGAAAAAUGGCUGAUGAUAUUGAUAUUGAAGCAAUGCUUGAAGCUCCGUACAAGAAGGAUGAGAACAAAUUGAGCAGUGCCAAUGGCCAUGAAGAACGCAGCAAGAAGAGAAAAAAGAGCAAGAGCCGAAGUCGAAGCCAUGACAGGAAGAGGAGCAGAAGUAAGGAACACAAACGGAGCAGAGAUCGGGAAAGGAAAAAGAGCAGAAGCCGGGAAAGGAAACGGAGCAGAAGCAAAGAACGCAGGCGCAGCCGUUCUAGAAGUCGAGAUCGCAGAUUCAGAGGCCGCUAUAGGAGUCCCUAUUCUGGUCCAAAAUUCAACAGUGCCAUCAGAGGGAAGAUUGGUCUGCCUCACAGCAUCAAAUUAAGACGACGUUCCAGAAGCAAAAGUCCCUUCAGAAAAGACAAGAGCCCUGUUAGAGAACCUAUUGAUAAUCUUACCCCUGAAGAGAGGGAUGCUAGAACAGUAUUCUGCAUGCAGCUGGCUGCAAGGAUUCGACCGAGGGACCUGGAAGAAUUUUUCUCUACAGUAGGGAAGGUUCGUGAUGUGCGCAUGAUUUCAGAUAGAAAUUCCAGACGUUCAAAGGGAAUUGCUUACGUAGAAUUUGUUGAUGUUAGUUCAGUACCUCUGGCAAUAGGAUUAACUGGACAGAGAGUCUUGGGUGUGCCGAUCAUAGUACAAGCAUCACAGGCAGAGAAAAAUAGAGCAGCAGCAAUGGCAAAUAAUCUUCAGAAGGGCAGUGCUGGUCCUAUGAGGCUCUAUGUGGGAUCAUUGCACUUCAACAUAACUGAAGAUAUGCUUCGAGGAAUUUUUGAGCCAUUUGGCAGGAUUGAAAGCAUUCAGCUGAUGAUGGAUAGUGAAACUGGACGCUCAAAAGGAUAUGGAUUUAUUACGUUUUCAGACUCUGAGUGCGCCAAAAAGGCCUUGGAACAGCUCAAUGGAUUUGAGCUGGCUGGUAGGCCAAUGAAAGUUGGACACGUAACUGAGCGCACUGAUGCUUCCAGUGCUAGUUCGUUUUUGGACAGUGAUGAGUUGGAACGGACUGGAAUUGACUUGGGAACAACCGGUCGCCUUCAGUUGAUGGCAAGACUUGCAGAAGGUACUGGUUUGCAGAUUCCCCCGGCUGCACAGCAGGCUCUGCAGAUGAGCGGAUCUCUGGCAUUUGGAGCUGUGGCAGAUUUGCAAACGAGACUAUCUCAGCAGAGUGAAGUUCUUGCUGCAGCUGCUUCUGUACAACCACUUGCAACACAGUGCUUCCAGCUUUCCAACAUGUUUAAUCCUCAAACUGAAGAAGAGGCUGGCUGGGACACAGAGAUUAAAGAUGAUGUCAUUGAGGAAUGUAACAAACAUGGAGGAGUUAUCCACAUCUAUGUAGACAAAAACUCAGCUCAG